UUAAAGAUCAGGUGGAAAACGCAGUGUGUCAGGCUUCUAUUUACAAUGCAAGGGUACAAGAUUCAGGGAUGUAUUACUGCAUCGCUACAGACCGUGAGCAUAUGUACCUUGGGAAUGGCACAGCUGUCACUGUACAAGCAGCUGACACCACUGUGAUGCAGUCUAUUGAUUUAAUGGCAUUUGCUAGCAGCAACAACCACGACUCUACAGUCACUCUUCAGUGUAAAAUCGGAGGAUUUACUCCAUCACAUGUCUCUGUGCACUGGCUCAUAGGGAGUAGAAAGGAAAAUGGACAAACUAUGUUUGUUUGGGAAGAAGGCGAAGAAAAGUCUGUGAAAACUCAUAAUUAUAUAACAGUAUCGACUGAGGAGUGGAGGACAGGAGGAGCGUGUACCUGUGUUGUGAAUCUCGGUGGAAGGAUGUUUAACAAAACUCUGCAUUAUUAUGAUAUACAGGACACUUGUUAUCCAUUCAUCAGAGUACCUAGAAUUUUUGCAUUUGUCGCUGCUCUACUCUUUUUCAUGACCUUGUUCAUUUUAGGAGGACGCUUGUAAACCACAGACAUUUU